AUGCCGCGUGAGUGCCCUCCUGUUUUUGCAGUCCGUCCGACUAACCGAGUAUCACAGAGGCGUGUUGUAUCCCCGCCGCCUCCGAUCAAUUCACAUCGGCGCCUUCUCCUGCCAACAAGGCUCGGCCGCCCCGGGAGGCUUACUAUUCGGGAUAUUAGCCGGUUUCCUCCCAUCUCUUUCUCGCCGCCUGCGGUCAAGACAAUCCGGCCGGUGUUCCCCCUAGUCGCCAAGCGCAGCACAUUGGCCACCACGAGCACCGUCCUCCAGCCAACGAGGGUUAAGUACACCGGAGGGCUUUCUGUCCAAGAGCUGCUCCGCCUGCCUCCUGUCUUACUCUCACCGCACCAGAUUAGCCAUGUGGCCAAGCUCCCACCGUUCCCUCGGACGCCAUCGGUCCAGCGGGAGGAGCUUCACCCUCAACUGCCAGCGAUUCCAACGAACCCUUCUGUCAACAGUGUGCGCCGUGUCCGCGUCACCAAGGGCUCACGCUUCCAGCAUUCCACUGGAAGUCGCGCCACCAGUUCGAGCGACAAGUUCCCGUCGGCUUCUUCCGCCCUAUCUUUUGGUUCCUCUCCUGGCGACACUGUCAGUCGAUGUUGGUGCAGUCCCAGCCAACAGUCCUCCGUCAGUACUCAGGAUACUCAGAGUACUCCCCAGGAGGCCACUGCACCACAUCCACUGCCCCAGCAGAUCCUGGCCAUUCUUCAGGGUUCGGCCAACUCGUCACCUCCUUCGCCACUGUCUCCGGCGUCAGCCCGUCCAGACCUACCAUGGGUCUGUGAUGUGCCAGGCUGUCUCGCCCAUUCAGCCGGUCAACAAUCCCCCUGCUCUGGUGACUUGACCACCGAUGGUCCCAGAGUCCGACAAGUCCACACCGGUAAGGAGGAUGACGACAACAACGCUUCUCACACCGGCCCCUUUGAGUCAAGUUUCCCCCAGGCUCUGUUCCAGCAGUUCCUAGGUGCCAUGAAGGCUGCGGGCACCCGGAAGCCUCCCUCUGCGUCUCCAAGUGACCGAAAAUCACCCCCUGGCGACUUUGUUACCGAUAAGUUUGAUCCAGAUACCGGUGUCGUUGAGGACAGCUUCGACUCCGUGUAUACUCCUGGUGACGUCUCCGAAUCGCCAGUCCCGGAUUCGCCGACUGGCAGUGUCAUCUGCUUCCGCACCGAGCCCGCCUUCAGACAUUAUACGGCAUUGGAGCCCGCGGCCUCCCCCGGCUUCUUUGCUUGUUGCGGACAGAUACUCGACACUGCAGUCACGAAGGUGGCUUCUUGGGUCCGAUCGUGGUUCUAA